CGAAGCCGGAAGCCGCGGCUGUGUGCUGUACCGGCCCGGGGCGGAGCUGCAGUGGUCGGCGACCUGGGGCUGGCGGACCCGGGAUGGCUUGGGACCCGACCCGGGCGCGGCGCACGGGGGCAGGGCCGCGGUGGUUGCCGCCGCUGCUGCUGCUGCUGUGGUGGAGGCCGGCCCUGUGCGCGCUCCCUUUCGGCAGCACUCCGCGCCGAGGCUUUGCGGACCUCCUGUCGGAGCAGCAGUUGCUGGAGGUGGAGGACUUGACCCUGUCUCUGCUGCAGGGCGGAGGUCUGGGGCUGCCGUCGCUGCUACCCCCGGGCCUGCCCGACCUGGAUCCCGAGUGCCGGGAGAUGCUGCUGGACUUCGCCAAUAGCAGCGCCGAGCUCACUGGGUGUCUGGUGCGCAGCGCUCGGCCCGUGCGCCUCUGCCAGACCUGCCAUCAGCUCUUCCAACAGGUCGCCAGCAAGAAGGACAACAUCAGCCGAGCCGUCGGGAAUACUUCCGAGAGUCAGAGUUGUGCCAGAAGUCUCCUGAUGGCAGACAGGAUGCAGGUAGUUGUGAUGCUCUCGGAGUUUUUCAAUACCACAUGGCAGGAGGCGAACUGUGCAAAUUGUUUAGCAAACAACGGUGAAGAUUUAUCAAAUAAUACAGAACAUUUCCUCAGUCUGUUUAACAAGACCUUAACCUGCUUUGAACAUAACCUUCAGGGGGACACACACAAUCUUCUACCACCAAAAAAUUACUCAGAAGUAUGCAAAAACUGUAAUGAUACAUAUAAAACUCUGAGUUCUCUGUAUAACGAGAUGCAAAACACGAACGUACUUGAGAAUAAGGCUGAGCCUGGAACACACUUAUGCAUCGAUGUGGAAGACGCAAUGAACAUUACUCGAAAGCUCUGGAGUCGAACCUUCAACUGCUCGGUCACCUGCAGCGACACCGUGUCUGUGGUCGCUGUGUCUGUGUUUAUCCUUUUUCUGCCGGUUGUCUUCUACCUUAGUAGCUUUCUUCACUCAGAGCAAAAGAAACGCAAACUCAUCCUACCCAAACGUCUCAAAUCAAGUACCAGUUUUGCCAGCAUUCAAGAAAAUUCCAACUGAACCUACAAAAUGGAGCUCGACUUUGUAUCAUGUGAAUGACUGAUUGGAGGCCCAGCCUUGUCAGAUAGAAGAUGAACCCUGAUCUGACAAGUCACAUUCUUAAGAAAUACCAAGACUACAGAUUUAUUUUUAAAUAACAUUUUUCAAAUUUUCUUUUCCUUUGCACCCCAUUUUUAAAGAUUUAGGUAUUGUUAAUUUCCAGGCGUAGUAAUGCUAUCUAUUUUAAGUGCCUUUGUUACAGUAGCAAGGAAGUGAGAACACCUUUUUAUUUUAUAUUUUGUAGGCAUGUUAUUUCUACUUGACAAAAUAUUCUUAUUAACAGAAGUACUAAAACCACAGGUGAUAGCAAAGACUUUGAAAAACAAAUAUAUUUGCCAAAUGGUAGUAGGUCCAAAGAUGAAUUUGAAUGGCUUCCCAUUGCAGUAUUAUUGUUUUAUAUAUAUUUAAUAUGUCAUACAUUCAAUAAUGUACCAUAGUUUGAAAUCACUGGAAUGCUUUAUUAUAGUCAAGACCAGGAAUAAGUUAUUUGGCAGCAUAAUUUAUUACUACUUUAAAUCAAAUGUAACUCAAAUAUGUUGUGUUGUAUUUAAGUUGCAACUUUUUAAAAUAGAAAUUUUCUCUUAGACUAUAUGGGGACAGAGAUUUCAGGGGAGAUGAAGGAGGAAUAAAAGAGCUUAAAGUUAAGAAGGUAGAUGGGCCUGAGAGGAAGCUCACUGUGAGACAGCUGGGUGGUUCAUACAAGGUAUGACUCAGAUAACAGUCUCACCUAGGAAGCACUUAAAUUUAAAUAAUGCCUUUUCCCCAAAAUUAUGUAGAAGAUAAAAGUGAUAUGACUGAAAUGAAAUUACAUUUUUCACUGUGAGGAAACACAUUGUAUUUUAGAAUAUUUUUAUCAGCCUUUAAAACAAUGCUUUGCUUCAGUAUUGUUUACAAUUUUAUUUCUCGGAAUUUGAGAGGUGAGGAUUUCAUUUAUUAAUUCUUUUUUCCUUUCUUGGCAGAACUAGGCUUUGUUUUAAAUGUUGAGAAUAUGAAGGCGCCUCUGUAGAAGCAAGACUUUGGUUAAAUGGUUAAGAAAAUUCGAAUCCCUUCAAAGACUGUAAAAUGCUCUAGAGGGAAAGUGUUUUGAUGACUUUAAUGUUUACUGUACGUGCAGAUUGUGAGAGAGGGAGAAGGCUCAUCCUUGGAUGUGACAGAUUGGAAAGCUGCCCCGGCCUUUCAGGGCUGCUGUGAUCCACUUAAACGUGCUGCUGCCGCCUCUGCUGUCACUCUCUGCUGCUGAUACCAUGACAGCACUGUCUUGAUUGGAAGCACACAGUUGAGGGCCAUCCAAGGCAAUCUUCAUUAAUGCAGAUAAAACCUGUUUACAUGUGCAGAGUUAGCAAAAUGACAUAUUUGAGUUGUAAGUAGUGACUUGUUGAGCACCUUUCAAUAUUGUGUGUUUGUAAAAAUGACUGCUUUUGUAUAAAAGGCUAAUAAGCACUUUAAACAACACAAGAUACCCUUUACUAUUUUUCUGGUGGAUUCUUUGCUCUUUACAUGUUGCAUCAGAAGUAAAUUUAAAAAUAAAUCUUAAGUGCAUAAGUACUUCA